AUUUCGAUUUUAUUUCGCUACGGUAACUUGUGACAAGAAACAUGGCUAAGAAAUUACAUUAUUUCGAUCUCAAUGGAAUUGCUGAGUCUAUCAGAUAUUUGCUUCAUUACGGAGGUCAGAAGUUCGAAGAUAUUAGGUACGAAGUGAAGACAUGGCCCGAUAAAAACAUCAAAGAUAUGCUGCCAUUCGGUCAGCUACCUUUAUACGAGGAGGGUAAUAUGAAGCUGACCCAGUCGUUGGCUAUCGCUCGCUACGUCGCUCUCAAAGUGAACCUGUUACCGACUGACCCUUGGGAACAGGCUUUGUUGGACAGCAUCGUGCUAACUAUCUACGAUUUUUGGACAAAGGUCGUAGCAUACUUCAAAGAAGAGGAUCCCAAAAGGAAGGCUGAAUUGAAAAGGGAAAUCUUAGAAGAAACUAUCGACUUCUACUUCUCCAGGUUUGAGAAGCAGCUGAAGGAUAACAAGGGAUACUUCAAUGGAAAGUUAUCUUGGGUUGACUUCGUGCUGAUCGGCAUUGUUGAGGCUUCGAACUUGUUCCUUGGUGUGAAUAUUGAGAAGAAGUACCCCACCGUGGACACGCUCAUGAAGAAAAUACUCAGUCUUCCGGGAGUCAAAGAUUACGUAGCGACCAGAAAGCCAUACGUUCUCUAAAUAAUCUUUGGAAUAAUGUCGUUUGCUUCUACAUAAACGAAUUUUAUUUAAAA